AAGUGCGUCGCCCGAGGUCUCCAGCGGCCGGAGGUCCCUGUCCCCGCCAUGCGGCUGAGAAGUGCUGGACUGCUCCUCUUCAUGCUUGGCAGCCUGCGAGCUGAUUUUCAAGAACAAGAAGUCAGAGCCCUGGUGGGCAGCAACAUUGAACUCAGCUGUGUUCACCCCAAAGACAGCAGUUUCGACUUAAAUGACCUUUAUGUAUACUGGCAACUUUUUGGGUCGGAAACUGUGGUGGCCUACUACCUCCCUGAGAACAGCUCCACGGGCCACACGGAUGACCACUACAGGGACCGGGCCCAGCUCUCACUGGACAGCAUGAAGCAGGGCAACUUCUCCCUGCGUCUGUACAAUGUCACUCCCCAGGACGAGCAGAAGUUUCACUGCCUGGUGUUCAGGGAAUCCCUGGAAUUACAGAAGGUUUUGGACGUUGUGGUCAGGCUGCACGUGGCAGCAAACUACAGCAUGCCUGUGGUCAGCACCCCCAGCAGCCCCUCCCAGGACGAGGAGCUCACCUUCACCUGCACCUCCACAAAUGGCUAUCCAAGACCAAACGUGUACUGGAUCAAUAAGACAGACAACAGCCUGCUGGAUAAGGCUCUGCAAAACAACACCAUCACCUUGAACCCGCAGGGCUUGUACGACGUGGUCAGCAUCCUGAAGCUCAGGCGGAGCCCCAAUGUCAACGUCGGAUGCUGCAUAGAGAACGUGCUUCUGCACCAGAACCUGACCGUCAGCAGCCAGACGGGAACUUUCAAGGGGUCCAUUGACAGCAUCCCAGACAUCCCAGUCAUCCCCCAGGAUAAAAACGUGACAGUGACCAGCAUCAUCCUCGCCCUGAUCGUCUUUGCAGCCAUGGCUGUUGGCUGGAUGUGCAGAAGCAGGUGUCCCCACAGAAGCUACGCAGGACCAAUUCUGGCUGACUCGAAGGAAGAUCCGAAAAGACAGGCUCAUAACCACGUGCCACGGCUGCAACACUAGAGCCUGAGCUCCCAGAUCCUUUGUUUUCACCUAAGUCUGAGACAAUCUGUCUCUGCCUCUAAAAUGGGAAGGCAGUGGCCCUGUGCUUCACGUUCCUCUCUCUUCUCAUUCCUUCCAAGACCGCCACGUGUGACAGGAGCUGCUGCCCAGAUGUGGACAGGGCUUCUGUGAGGUGCCACUGAGAGGACACGGCCAGAAGCUGGAGCCUGGACUUGGAAAGGCCUGCUGGCCAAGUGGACAAGGACCUUCGGCCUCAUCUGUGCACUUGUUGAGGCCAAGGGCCUCCUGACUGGAAGAGGCCUGCCAGGGAGGUCAUGCCAGGACCUGUCCCUGAUCCCUUUCCAGAAGGUCAGCAGUGCUGGAAUGCAAGUGAGCAGGCGCCUUUGCUGCCAGAUACAGAUGAGAAGGGACCUUGGGAUGGUGCCUCCAACAGGAGCACUGAGAGCCUACAGAGCACAUGGCUAGGGCACCCUUGUCCACAUCCCAGGCCCACCUGCACAGCGGGCAACCACUUGUCAGACUGACAGGAGGAUGUUCAGCCAAGAAAGAAGACGAGUUGUCCACUGUCUUCUAGGACCUCCUCUGCGCUGAUGGAGUCGCCCUGGGAUUUGUGGGGAACACAGCUGCAGACGCUCCACCCACCUUCCCCACUAAGGGUUCAGAAUCCAUGCAUGGGUGUGCAUGGGAGUGUGAAGGUGUGUGUGUCUACAGUGGUCAACACUGAAAACCCGCUGGAAGAUCCCGCUGAGCCUCAUUCUCUAGGAUAUUUGCUAGAAAGCAAGCGUGAUCUCGUCCAUCUGGUUGGAAGCUAAGUGACGCUCCUUAAAGGCACAAGUGGAAUUCGGCCAGGAGAAAGCCUGCUGUGAGGCUGACAUGAGGAAGGUGCAGAGGUUUCCUGGGGCUCUUGGCUUUACCACCUGAGAAAUGCACCCUCAAGGAAAGCAAAACUACGACUCACGCACCUUGGGCCAGGAGAGUGAUGGGCUUCGCAGAGGGGCUGGCUGGCUGGCAGGAAUGAAAACACACUUGCAGUCUCCCACUAGCCUUGGCAGGCCUCGAUCCUGUGCACUUCCCAGCACCUGUGACUACAAGCAGGACAGGCUUGAGAGGGCAUUCUCCUUGCAGCUGUUGCCAUCUCUCUUUCUUCUUUUUGAAGUUUAUUUAUUUAUUUUCUUCAUGAGACACUGGAAUCCUUUGCAACCUUCACUCCACGAUCUACCCCCAGCCCUGCAGCUGCCAGGAUCAUGGACAGGCACACCCAGUGUUUUCAAAUUAACCAGGACCCGCCUCCGGCUUCACACAGCAGCACUCCUACCUCUACCUCCUGCCCCACCGCCGCUAGGCCAGCCAUGGCGGUCUUUCCGGCAGAGUCAUUCCCCGCAAGCGUGGUGUGGGCAGCUUCAACCCCACCUUAGCAGCCUGGAAAUCGCCUCAGUCAGCAACCGAGGCUCCACAGGCCCAGCACUCCCACCCAGGCUUCGUGGGCCCGGCACUCCAACCAGGACAGGGGCCAGCAAGGUGUGACCCAAGCCCUGACUCUCAUGGGCAUUUUUCCAUGUGGUUUCCUGGAUGCAUCUAGCAGUUUACUGCUUCCAGAAGUUUCUGUACAGGAGGCUGCCAGGUAACCCAGUUGUGUACACACCCCAGGGAAAUGUUGUAACAAACAACACCGUUGCAGUUGGCCGUCAGUCAGCAUCUAGAGGAUGCUGAGGAGCACCAGGAACCUGGAGGGGUGUGAGAAGUUGGGGUACAGUGUCUGUUCAGCAACCGCAGAGUGGUUCCUAAACAAUACCUCCUGAGAAGCCAUGCCCACCCAGAGGACUGAGCCCACCGCCCCUUGGCCUCGAGAUUGACUUGGUCCUCAGCAGACCCUUAAGGGUGUUGAGGGCCAGGGCUCUGCCAGCCAAAUGGUCAGGCAAGCAACGAUAGAGUCUGGCUCCAGCUUUUCCUGUCGGGAGCCCUUUUCCUUCAUGGGGGACACAGGAAGCUAUCCCAGGGCCCACAAAGCCCAGGCUGCCUACUUGGGAGCAGGGCCUGCAGAGACCCCCAAGGAUUACUCUCCCCACUGUGAGUCUGCUCCUGCCCAGACCCUGAGUUUGCAGGGGCAGCAAAGCCAGGCUCUCUGCGGGUGAGUGCCUGAGUCAUCACCCCCCUGCUGGUCCCGGCAGGUCCUGUGUAAGGCCACAGCCCCUCCUCCCCUGGUGUCUCCCCAGGCGUGAGAGCCACUCAGACCUGCCGAAUCGUGGUGGGCGAGCACUUUGGCAUUUGUGAGACUGGCCUUGGGCACACUUGCCCCUUUCAGUCUAAACGUCACUGUGCCCUUGUUCUGUGCUGUAGACUGAAUUCUGAUGUUUGGACAGCUAUUUCCAUAGCCCUGCCCAAGAGAAUACAAGAUGCGCACCA